UCCGCUUUUUUUCCCGGCAGCACAGUUAGCCAUCUUGUUUUCUGUCGUUGUGGGGGGAAAAAAAGCCCCUGACUGUACAGAACGGGUGGUGAUUUGUAGUAAUUUCCACCCGACGCUUCUGGAAUUUAUAAAUUCUACGUAUCGGUUUUCGUGUUUAUUAACUAAAACGACUUACAGACAGUGUGGUAUUUGUGAAUUUUUAAUGGAGUAAAACUGCGGGAAAUUGUGAGCUAGCUAGGUUACCUUAUUGAAACCCAGCUGGGCCGUUUCAACAUGGCCAACGCGGUUACCGGGAAUCAGCAGCAGCAGCAGCAGCAGCAGGUCGUGGCCAAGCCCGUCGGCUCGGGGAAGCACGGCAAUGUGUUGCCUCUCUGGGGCAACGAGAAGACGAUGAACCUGAAUCCGAUGAUUCUGACCAACAUACUGUCGUCGCCGUAUUUCAAGGUCCAGCUCUAUGAGCUGAAAACGUACCACGAGGUUGUGGACGAGAUCUACUUCAAGGUGACUCAUGCCGAGCCGUGGGAGAAAGGUAGCAGGAAAACGGCGGGCCAGACUGGAAUGUGUGGAGGGGUCCGUGGUGUUGGAACUGGUGGCAUAGUCUCCACUGCCUUCUGCCUGCUGUACAAACUGUUCACGCUAAAGUUGACUCGUAAGCAGGUGAUGGGACUCAUCACACAUACCGACUCUCCCUACAUCAGAGCCCUAGGCUUCAUGUAUAUAAGAUACACACAGCCUCCCACAGACCUUGUGGAUUGGUUUGACCCGUUCCUUGAUGAUGAGGAGGAGCUGGACGUGAAAGCCGGGGGAGGUUGUGUCAUGACGAUCGGCGAAAUGCUACGUUCCUUCCUCACCAAGCUAGAAUGGUUCUCCACCCUUUUCCCACGCAUCCCUGUGCCUGUUCAGAAGGCGAUCGACCAGCAGAUGAAGAGUCGACCCAGGAAAGCUCCUGAGAAUGAUGGCCACCAGGACACUGCACAGGAAACGACGUGGCAGGCUGAGCGGCGGCGCUCCAGGAGUCCCAGGAGGACUCCGAGUCCUCGGAGGUCACCUAAUAGAUCACGGAGUCAGAGCCGUCACCGUGACAGGCGUGGCGCCAGCUUCGACCGUGAACUGGAGAGGGAGCGAGACCGACAAAGGAAGGAAAGGGAAGGCAAGGACAAGGACAAGGACCGGGACCGUCCAGAGAGAGAUCAAGACCGUGACCGGAGGGAGAGGGUGGACAAGGACCGACGGCGCUCCCGAAGCAUCGACCGGCCCUUAGAUCGGCGGCGGAGCCGGAGCAAAGACCGCAAGCGAAGCCGUAGUGGCAGCCGCGAUCGGAAGAUUGACCGUAAAGAUCGAGAGCGGGAGGUGGAGAACGACCGAGCCAGGAGGAAGGACAGGGCCAGCGAGAGGGAGAGAUCAAAAGAGAGACGGUCCAAAGGAGAGCCAGAAGACAAGAAGCAUGAUGAGAGGCACAGGGAGGAACGUACAGUGAGGAAGCCAAGCCGGAGUAAGAGUAGGGAAAAAAAGGGCAAGGGUGAAAGGUCCCGCAAACGUAGCCAGAGCAGGGGUAGAAUAGACAGCGAGGACAAGGCCAAGAAAAGAGAGCGUAGCCAGAGCAGAGAACGGUCUAACAAGGGCAGCCGUAGCAGGGAGCAGUCUCACAAACGUAGCCGUAGCAGGGAGCGAUCUAACAAGGGCAGCCAGAGCAGGGAGAGGUCUAACAAGGGCAGCCAGAGCAGGGAGAGGUCUAACAAGGGCAGCCAGAGCAGGGAGAGGUCUAACAAGGGCAGCCAGAGCAGGGAGAGGUCUAACAAGGGCAGCCAGAGCAGGGAGAGGUCUCACAAGAGCAGCCGGAGCAGGGAGAGGUCUCACAAGAGCAGCCGGAGCAGGGAGAGGUCUCACAAGAGCAGCCAGAGCAGAGAGAGGUCUCACAAGAGCAGCCAGAGCAGAGAGAGGUCUCACAAGAGCAGCCAGAGCAGAGAGAGGUCUCACAAGAGCAGCCGGAGCAGGGAGAGGUCUCACAAGCGUAGCCGGAGCAAGGAACGCACUCACCGCCGAGAACUAAGCGACACGAGUGACAGCAAGCAUCAGAAUAGAAGUCCGAGUGCAGAACAGGUUGAUGGGAAGCAGGAUAGCAGAGAAAAAUCCACUUAAUUUAUCCAUCUGGUUUAAUUUGCUCAUGUAGUAUGUCAUUUGUUUCAGGAAAAAAAAAAUCUUGCACGGAUAUACACUGACGCUCCCCAUCCAGUCCUUGGUUGCUUAAGUAGAAUUCUCACAGUAGAGAUGAGCCUUUUUUCAUUAAUUCUAUUUUCUUUUCUAAAAAGCUAUGGAAAAUUUUGUAAAUAAACAUCUGAGAAUGUUUUAAAACUCUGGAAGACCCCACAACAUGUUGAAAUGUACAAGACGCUAAGUUGACCGAUGUUGUGCUGUGUUUGGUUGAUUGCUUUGCCAUUUUUUAUAUAUAAUAAAAGUCUUUUAAGAAA